CGGGUACAUUCUAGUGCGAUCAUAAUUUACAUUUUCGAGUUUUUGUUGCAAAAGAACUGUUUUGUUAUUUAUUAUUUAUAUUCAUCCAAAUAAGGAAACACUUUCAAUAACAUGUUUAAGAAAAUUAUGACAUUUAUUUUGCUGAUGAUCAUCGUAAAUCAUUCCAAAGAAAGUUUGGAAGAAGAAAUGGGGAACCGUAUAAAUCACUCAUAUCGACUACCGACAAGUUUGUCUAGAAAACGGCGCUAUCUGACAUUCCCUUCGGGAAGUUCUCUGCAACUUGUAUAUUGUCUCACAAUGCCAUCCGUGGGUGUAGGUGCUAUCUAUACUUUUGGUAUAACCGCUGCUCUUGCUUGGGAAUUACCAUCUGAACCAGAAGAAUUGCUGGAGUCCCUUGGGAAAAAGAAAAUUACGACUGCCACGGAAGCUCCAGAAACAACAACUUUGCCGCUUCACCAUGACGACGAAGACCAUCAUCGAUAUAACCCUUCUCAAAGGGUCGGAUCAUCACAUUUUUCCGACGAGUGGACAUACAAAAACAACAAAUAUCCGGCACCUGUCAUGUCCUAUUACGAUCCUUUCCGUUUGAAAGAAAAUUUCAAAUACGCCAGCGACGGAUAUCCCGACAGUAUGUCGAAAAUUCAAUUUAAUACUUCGAAAACGAAAUCAACUUAUAGCAAAGGUAGCAGGAAUUAUUCUCAGAACGAUUAUAUAAAUGACAAUGAUAUAGAUGAUUCUUACAUUCAUCCUGUAUUCCACCAUGUUCAUAGAAGAACAAGAAGAGAGCUUUAUGGAAAAUUGGAAAAACUUCUUACUGCAUUAAGUAAAGAUGGCAAAGCUUGUCUAAAAAAAGCUAUAUGUGAAGUUAGUCAAAUACCUAAAGGAAAAGGUACUAUGUUUCAAGAACUUAUGAAAACUAUAUUUAGGAUAAAACCACACGAUGAUUAUCCAGAUGAGGACGACUAUGACAAAGCAUCCAAUAAAAAUCACGACUGCAACCAACGAUAUCCUUCAUGCCAACAUUCUGUAUGGGCGGAUAUGUUUUAAUAAAUG